AUGGCACUAAAACCCAACUUGCAACUGGUCCUCACACUUAUGGCCAUUGCAGUGUCCCCAAAGUCACACGAGUGUGAUUCAGGUCCUGUCACCUUCAUGAAUGCCUCCACAGUCACAGAAUUUGUCUUCCUGGGUCUUUCCGGAUCUCGACCCAUCCAGCUCCUUCUCUCUGUCCUGGUCAUGACAUGCUAUGCUGCCAUUCUGUUGGGCAACCUCCUCAUAGUAUUGACUGUGCAUAUAGAUCCAUGCCUUCUAAUCUCACCCAUGUAUUUUUUCUUAGCUAAUUUAUCCAUCCUUGAUACUGCCUUGGGCUCAGUGGUUGUUCCCAAGGUGGCAACAGACCUGAUCACCUGUGGCAGGACCAUCUCAUUUGGGGGCUGUAUGUCCCAGCUCUUUUUCCUACACUUCUUUGGAGGGUCAGAGAUGCUCCUCCUAACCCUCAUGGCUUAUGAUCGCUAUGUGGCCAUUUGCCAUCCACUGACAUAUACUACCACAAUGAACCGCCCAUGCUGUAUUAGACUCCUGUGUUUCUGUUGGGCUGGAGGCCUCCUCCACUCUGCCAGCCAGCUGUUCCUGGUCCUGGGGCUGCCGUUCUGUGGGCCAGAUGAACUGGACAAUUUCUUUUGUGAUGUUCCACAGGUAGUCAAACUGGCUUGUGUUGACACCCGUGUCACUGAGGUACUCAUGGUGGCCAAUAGUGGUCUGCUCUCCCUGGUUUGUUUCAUCAUCUUGCUGGUCUCCUAUGGCAUCAUCCUGAGUGCACUUCAAGGCCGCUUCAGAGAGAGUGGAGGGAAGGCUCUGUACACCUGUAGCUCUCACUUGACAGUGGUCAGCCUUUUCUUUCUGCCUUGCCUCUUUGUGUACCUUGUCCCUAUCUUUAGCUCCAGUUUGGACAAGGUAGCUUCUGUAUUUUAUACCACAAUCACUCCUUUCUUUAACCCUAUGAUAUAUUCUCUAAGAAAUCAGGAAAUGAAGGAGGCAAUGCGCCGUGUGAAGAAGAAAUUAAUUUUUUCCCAUUGGCCUCAGAAGAAUGGAAAAAUAUGA